AUGCGGAUCGUGCCAUUUCAUCAGCGGUUCACUCUUGCUCGUCCACCACCAAAUGGUUUUCGUUUGAUGAGACAAUGCCCACGACGACGAGGGUUUCGAUCACGGUGGGUUACGAUAGGACUAGCUCAUUCGGCCGCAGCAGUUCCAGAAUUUGCUCUGGAACAUCCAGAAAAAGCGAAGAUUUUUGCUUUACGAUUCGCUCUGUAUCCCAUGAGAUUCAACAUCCAAUAA